AUGCCGACUUUCGUGCCGAAGCUCUCUGGCCAGCUGCACCAGAGCAGCUUGAGGAUCACCCGCUCGUCACACCGGUCGCCCUCGGAGAAGUACCAGGUGGGUGCAAGUGCCGUGGUCGCAGCUCUUGAUCUCCUCUAUGGAGAACACUUGCUGCGUCACCAACUGACCCGUGCGUUUGAUCGCUACCGGGGUAUGGCUGCUUUGGCCGCCCUACGAUGCUUCCGGGGAGGACGCAGCUCUUCCUUGGAGAUGCUUCCGGGCUUUGGAGGGCCCUUGGACGCCGAGGCGAUGUCUCAACUGGACCUCCUGAGGCUUGAUGCUCCUUGGCUCUCGCAGGCGCGCUACCUGGCACGUCGGGCUGGUCCUUUGGUGGCCGGUGCUAAGCCUGCAGCGAAAGGUGGGAAGGAACUGCACGGUGCCAUUUUGGUGAGGCUUUCAGGGCCACCGGGCACCCGAAAGAAAUGGAAGGCCCAUCGACUGGACACAAAAGGCAGCUCCCUCGAAGAGGCGAAAGCGCGCGCCGCCCGGGGGCCCGAAGGCGAAGGGGGUCUCCGCAGGUCGCGACUGAAGGCGCAGCGUGCCACCCAUCGUGCAGCUGCAGAGGUGGAAGGACAGCGUGCCGCGGGGCAGCUGGCAGCUCGGGCCAAAGGCGAUCCCGCCUGUCGCGCUGUCGCGGUGGCCGAGCUGGGCGUUUUCGGGUGGCGUCCUGGUGCGUGGCACGGUACCGGACACGGCACCGGGCGUUUGGGAGGCCCAUUGCCUCAGAGCUCUUCAGAUCUGCAGACGGAGACCACAGGCCACUUGUUGGCGACGUUGCAGAUGAAGCUGAAGGAGCUGGACGAAGAAGUCAAGGCGGAUGAAAGAGGUGCAGAGGAGCUGAGGUCCAAAACGGAUCCGCAAUUCCGCGAUCCGGAUGCGGAGGAGAGAGAUCGGGCAGCUGCCUUAGUGGAGGGCUAUGAGGCUGGAUCAGUGACCUUCGACAAGGAGUAUAGCAAGCUGAUGGACAACUCAGACGAAACCUACAAGAUGGUGCGUAGCAAACACAAGGAGGCCAUGGGAAUUCUGCAAAAAGAAGACACCUUUGCUUAUCACCCUGCCUACAAAAGGCCAACGGACAAGUUCGAAGCUGCAUACUUCACUCCAGUGCCUCUCAAGAAGGCGGAGGAGAAGAAGAGCCCAGCCCAGCUGAAGGUAGAGCGAAUGAGAAAGCAAGGUACCCUCUCACAGGCAGGCUGGCAUGGUUGGGGCUGA